GUAAUAUAUACGCAGGGGAAUCAUUAAUAUUCAUUAUUUAUUUCACACAUUAGCAUAAUCAUUGAUUUCACGCAUCUGCGUGAUUAUUGAUUUAAAUUACUGAAUCCCCAAGGUCGUUAAUAUUUUUAAAAGGUGACAUUGAUUUUUCUAAUUGUAUAAAUACGGAGUUGUUGUUUAACAUUUUCGACUGUUGUUUGAGACAGUAAAAGCUCUCAUAUCAACGUCCAGUCUUCUCUUUUAUUUGUCUUGCGUGCCCGGCGGUAUUAUUGUUGUUGUUGUUGACGUGCGAUUAAGACAGAUUAGCCAGCGCAUUAGUUAGAUUCGCUCGUAGUCUACAAGGUCCUCAUAUUCACAUACAUAACAAAUUUGGCGACGGGUUUGCUGAAGAUGGACUCACUGCGUUUAGAGAAACUAAUGGAACAGCAGCUAAAAUUGAUGGAAAUGCUUGCUGGUCUACAAAUAUCACGCUCUGCUGAUUCAUCUACAGCCAACGACAGCAUUGGUAGUAGCAUCUCAGAAUUCGUUUAUGAUCCAGAUGCGAACGUAACAUUUGAUACCUGGUUUCGCAGAUAUGAAGACCUAUUUCGAGUAGACUUUGCGGAUAAAGAUGAUGCCUGGAAAGUACGGCUUCUACUUCGUAAAUUGGGAGCAGAUGAGCUAGAUAAAUAUUGCAACUUAAUUCUCCCACAGAAGCCCAGCGAAAGAUCAUUCGAUGAAACUGUCCAUACCCUUCGUCAUCAGUUCGGUGAUCAGAGAUCUUUAUUCAACAUUCGAUAUCAUUGCAUGAAACUAUCUCUGAACGAAAAUGAUGAUAUCCAUACUCAGUUGGGUAUAGUCAAUCGCACGUGUGAACGUUUUAAAUUGAAAUCACUCUCAGAAGACCAGUUCAAGGUGUUGAUUUUCAUUUGUGGUUUGCAGUCUCCCAAAUUUGCUGAUAUACGCACACGUCUAUUAAAUCGUCUGGAACAAGAUCCACGAAUGACUUUGAAAGACGUCGGUGAAGAAUAUCAGCGUUUAAUCAACACUCAUAACGAUACCGCCUUGGUGCAGUCUGGCAGCCAAAAUGCAGCAGAAGUGCAUGCGGUGCAUCCAGUACCGUCGACAUCAACCGCACCGCGUCAUCCUCAGCAUAAACCACCAUCAGCCUGCUGGCACUGUGGCUCCUGGCAUUUUGCAAAAUUGUGCCCAUUCAAACAGCAUAAAUGCCGUCGAUGCCAUACUGUUGGUCACAAAGAUGGCUACUGCAAACGCAACAACCAACCCAGAUCUCGUAGUCGACCCAGACGGCGCAACAAGCUCAAGUCUUUGGGUGUUACUGCCACAUAUCAUAUUAGUACUCCAGCACCUCGCAAAUAUAUCGAUCUGACGAUUAAUACACGGCCGGCACGCCUACAAAUCGACACAGCAUCCGAUAUUACAAUAAUAUCAAAGAAAUUAUGGCAGAAGUUGGGAUGCCCUACCAUAGAGAAGACAAAUCAAAUAGCAAUUAGUGCAUGUGGUGGAAGACUUCGAUUGAAUGGAGAAAUUAAAUGCAGCGUUAGUUUUCGCGAUAGUCAUUUCGUCGGCACAUGCUACAUCAAUAAUUCAAACCUUGACCUCUUGGGUUUAGACUGGUUCGAGAAGCUGCACCUGUCAGAGAUUCCGUUAAGCAGUGUAUGCCAUAAGAUCGAAAGUAUUGAACCCUCAACAAGAAAGCCAGAAAUCAGAGACAGAUAUAUUAAACCUAAGCCCAUUAGAAAGAAUGACGUGAUUAAUGAAACACCAACUUCGAAUCGUCACAGUGAGUAUGGCUGCGCCAAAAGUGCUUCGAUGUCUGGUAGCAACAAAGUAGCAACUGUUAGCUCCAGUAAGAGAGGCUCUGCUCAAAAACUGAAAGUGAUGUCUGUCAUGGCAGCCAAAGAUCCGCCACCGAGAGCAUGGCCCACGUCAAAACCAUGGUCCCGACUACAUGUGGAUUUUGCUGGGCCGAUAGAAGGUAUAUACUACUUGGUUCUCGUGGACUCUUACUCAAAGUGGCCGGAGGUAGUACAAGUGACACCACCUUCUAGCAGCAGAACAGUAUCAGUCCUGGAAAAGAUCUUCGCAUGUCACGGUAUACCAGAAAUCAUCGUGUCUGACAAUGGCAGUCAGUUCACCUCACAAGCGUUCCAGGAAUUUUGCAAGAGAAACGGUAUACAACACGUGCGGACGCCACCUUAUCACCCUCAAUCCAACGGUCAGGCAGAAAGAUUUGUCGACACUUUCAAACGAGCGUUGUUGAAAGCAGGGGGAGGGGCGAAACCGGAAGCAAUACAAAACUUUCUUUUUGUAUACCGAACUACACCACUGACAGAACAGAAGAAAAGCCCUGCAGAACUUCUAAUGGGUCGAAUGCUACGAACUCAUCACCACUCCAUGUUACCAUCUUCGUCACAUCAACGAAGAAAUAGUCUGACGUAUUACCGCAAGGGUGAUGCCGUCUAUGUGCGCGAUUAUCGACCGAGGAACAGAAAAUGGGCCGAAGGCUUGAUAGAACGUCGACAUGGAACUCUAAUGUACAAGGUUAAAGUUGGGGAUGAAUGGUGGAUUAGACAUAAAAAUCAGAUACGACGUCGAUAUACUACAUCCCAAGAACCUAAAUUGCCACUGGAAUUACUACUGGAAACUUUCAAAAUACCACCAGUCAAACCAGAAGCAAAACAAGAGAUGCUACCCAGCCGACGAUCCCAGCGCAAACGAACACAAACAGUUCCUUUCCAAAUCGACCCCAAGGAAAAAAGAUACUAAACUGAUUGCAAGAUUCCUUUUAAAAGGGGGAGGUAAUAUAUACGCAGGGGAAUCAUUAAUAUUCAUUAUUUAUUUCACACAUUAGCAUAAUCAUUGAUUUCACGCAUCUGCGUGAUUAUUGAUUUAAAUUACUGAAUCCCCAAGGUCGUUAAUAUUUUUAAAAGGUGACAUUGAUUUUUCUAAUUGUAUAAAUACGGAGUUGUUGUUUAACAUUUUCGACUGUUGUUUGAGACAGUAAAAGCUCUCAUAUCAACGUCCAGUCUUCUCUUUUAUUUGUCUUGCGUGCCCGGCGGUAUUAUUGUUGUUGUUGUUGACGUGCGAUUAAGACAGAUUAGCCAGCGCAUUAGUUAGAUUCGCUCGUAGUCUACAAGGUCCUCAUAUUCACAUAC